UACAACUGUGACAAAUGGAUCUUUAAUGUUUGUUAUUAUGUACAUGCAGAUGGCUUCUUCUACCCAGAUGUGGUGAAGUACAAAAAGAUGUGCCGGAAAGCUAAAUACAAGGAAUACAAGAUUCAACAACAAAGAUAUCACAAGAAAGUAUUGAGAGAAAUACUUAUCUCCCGGCAGGAAAUUCUUGAUCAGAUUGGAAGACAAAGUCCUGGAGAACCAAUAAAGACCAGUGGACAAACACCAUCUACAGAUGCCUUGAUAAUGGAACAUAAAGUCAGCACACGACUUAAAAGGAUUCUCUCUGAAUGCAGACAACAAUGUCAGGAAGGAAAUGUUUCCUCUGAUGAUGAAGAAGGAAGUGUUGCUGCAGGAUCAUUUGGUUCAGCUAUGGGUUUAUUUAUGACACCCUUUCACAUGCUGCCAGGUGUGCUUAGUGGCUUUCAUCCAAUGUUGGGAGCAGCACUGCCAUUUGCUGCAGGUUACCAUGGCUUUCCCUAUCCCUCGCCUGCAGUGCACCGAAUGCCAUCACCUAAUGUGGUGACCGAAGAUGACUUCCAGAAGAUGAUACAAAUACAUAGGAAACGAAGAUUAGCAAAUGAGGAUCAUCCUGAACUAGACACAAGAUUCACGUCUCUUCAAGAGAUCAUAUUCAGGACAAAUCCGUCAAAGAAAUCAUCAAAAUCCUCUGAGGUAUCUAAGAAAAAGGACAAGAAGGCCAAAGUGAAAAAAAAGUUGAAACAGAAGCUUCAACAGAAACAAGAGAGACAAGCACAAGUUGUUAAAUAUCUGGGUGACAAUGUGAACAGUGAGGAGUCAGCACUUGAAUCACACAGUGUAGUGGUUUCUGAUGGAUUGGACGACCUACCUUGUUUUUUUAGUUUGCUUCGGGAAAUCUUCCGUAAAUGUCCUGACUCAAAGGCUAACUUACAAAAAAUUAAAGAGCUUGUAAAGACAUGGCAGCUCUCUCCAUUAUUUGUGACAAGUGUGUGGAGAGCACAGGAGGGAGACUGGGUCAAACUGGUUGAUUCUGCUCUCAUGUUUCUCUCUGGCAGUUCAGCAGAUGCUCCAGCUUCCUUUGUUCCAUUGGUGGAUUUCAAAGAAAGACCUCAGCAGUGGAAGUGGAUAGGUUCCAACAGAGACUCGGAUGAACAAUUAAUGUCAUUAUGUGAUAACUGGCUACAAAUCAAAGGACAACUUACAAGCAAGAAGGGUGUUGUUGCUGAAGCUGACUCCUCCUCCACACCAGUCCCACGCAUUAAAACAGAUUUUGUUGUAAGGCCAAGCACAGAAGAUGAAAGAGCAGCUUUCAGGGACCAGGAAAACAGACGAUAUGCCAAUCCACACAAAGCAUUUACCUUCCGAAUGCAUGGCUUUGAGUCAGUUGUUGGCCCUGUUAAGGGUGUUUUCAGUAAAGAUACCAAUCUCAAUAAGGCUCGUGAACACUCGCUGUUGAUCUCGUUACGACCGCCAUACGUCACCAUACUCACACUGGUCAGAGAUGCCGCCUCCAGACUGCCUAAUGGAGAGGGGACUAGGGCUGAGGUAUAUCAACUUUUUCAAAACUUUUUACCUCUAGGUUUGCAUUCCCUGUCACAUUAAAACUGUAGUAAUGUAAUUGAUACAUUAUACCGAAGGUAGUCAAACUGUAACUGUCCUGUUAUGGUCUAGUACUGUAAAAAUGGUGGUGAAUUAGGGCGUUAUUGAUACUUCAAGGGCUCUUUUACAGAUAACUUCAAUUACAUUUGAAGAUAAAAACAAAUUCAUCCCUUGAACUCUUAACAUAUAGAUUGGAUUUUGUAAUCCCAUACAGAUAUGUGAACAAAAGGCUAUUUUGUCCUAACGGUAGAGAAAUUUGAGUAGUAAUAGUCCCUCAUAUGUACGGUAACCAAUCAGGAACCGAGAAAGACAAUAGGCUAUUGUUUGGAGAACAAUGUACGCUAUUGUUUUCCACAUCCAAGAUGGUGCUAUUUAUUUUCAGCCAAUCAGGAGCCGAAUUAAGAACAAUGGAUGCUAUUGUUU